AUGCAGCACAAGGACUCCGAUCUGUGUGAGCUCUUUGCUCAUUCGGUGCGGCGCAGCCCCAACGAACUGGCAGUUGACCAUGAAAGUGGCUCACUAACCUACACCGACCUGGACGCGGCAUCAACAUACCUGGCACAAAAGUUGCAACAGCGGGGCGUAGAAGAAGGCGACAUCGUGUGUCUUCUCACCGAGCACGGCACCCUUAACAUCAUUGCUCUGCUUGCUGUGCUCAAGGCGAAAGCCUGCUACGUUCCCCUCGACCGGAGCUCUUGGUCCAGAGAACGGAUUGAGAACGUGCUAUCCUCGGUUGAUAGCCAAUUUCUCAUCAACACCACUGGUACCUCGUUUGAACACAUAAAGUACACCAUUAUUCAUCUCCAAACGGUCGACAUUCCACGCAGUACUGGCAGCAGUGAGUAUGCCGCUGAAGUUAGCACAAUCAAUGCCCCCGAAGCAUUAGCGUGCAUCAUCUUCACUAGUGGCAGCACAGGCAAACCAAAGGGUGUCAUGCUUUCCCAUCGCGCGAUAGCCAACUACGGGCAUACCAGUCCUUUCAAUAUGGAUGUCCAAGCUGGUGACCGUGUGCUCCAUAUAUUGUCGGUCGCGUUCGAUGCGUCGACGGGCAUGCUAUUUUCCAUUCUAGGGAAUUCAGGCACGGUUGUGCCAGCGAGCAUGGAUACACUCUACGACAAAGCACAGACAUGCUCGAUCCUAGCCUCCACGCCGUCGAUCCUGGCCACUCUCCCCCUGCCUUCUUCUCUCCCCGAUAGCUACCUGUCGGUCCACACCAUCUUACUCGGAGGCGAGACACCGAAUGGACAGAUUCUGUCACAUUGGCUGGAUUUUGGUGUACGAAUUCUCAAUGCGUAUGGUCCGACAGAGACUACUUGUGCGUCAUUGAUGCAAGAAGUCGAGGUUUCUAGGGAGACGGGAACGAUUCGCAGCAGCAUUAUUGGCAGUCCCAUGUCACAAGGACCGGUGUACCUGCUUCGGAAUGAUCUCACCUUAGUGGAUGACUAUGAUACGGACGGCGAGAUUGUUAUUUCCGGAAUUGGUUUGGCGGAUGGAUACUAUCGCGAUCCUGCGCUUACAGCCGAGCGGUUCAUUACCUGGCGUGGCAUUCGAGUUUAUCGGACGGGCGAUCAGGGACGCUGGAUUCGUCGCAACGAUGGGACCCGUGUGAUGGACUUCCGCGGUCGCUCUGAUCGAACGGUGAAAAAUCGUGGCUUCUUGGUAAACCUCGCUGCUGACGUAGAAGAGCCGUUGCGGAUGAUGGGCUGUGGUGUCAGCGAUGUAUAUGCGAGCAUGAUAGAGUCACGCUUGGUGGUUUUGGUAACACCAGCCUCUGCUGAACUAGAUAGGCUGCGCAGUGAGGCAAACAGUCGACUCUCCUCCUUCCAUUCCCCCGAUCAUUACUGUGCCGCUGAGCAGUUCCCAAUCUCCCCUAAUGGCAAAAUUGACAGCAGGGCUAUUCUCAAGUUGCUUGAUCAUAGUCAAGAUCAACUUCUUGCAGCCUCUAGUGCGAUCCUGUACGAGGGCUCCACUUUGGAUGAUUCUUCCAUGACGUCUGAGCUGUCAGGAGAUAUGGCAACAGUUGUGUCUGAAUGCAUGUAUACCGCACUUGGCUUAGACAUCCCGCCCUCUCAGAUAGAUUUCAACUUCUUUGCCUUGGGUGGGAAUUCACUGACAGCUCUUCGAUUCACCUCACUCUGUCGUGAACGUGGCAUCUCCAUCACUACCCCAGACAUCUACCGGCAUCCGACACUGCGUGGUGUUCUUCGCUGUGCCCAUGCCUUGGAGCCAAUUCCCUCAGCUAUAGAGUCAGACUGUGGAAAUCCAACGCCCCAAUUGUCAGCACUACGCGAAGAGGUAGCAGCACAGUUGAAUCUGGGGAAGCUCCUGCCUUUGGACAUUCAAAUCGGCCGAUUGACUCCUUUGCAGCUGGAGCUGGCCGCGCCCACUCUGGAGCGCAAUGGGACUAACACCAACCAGCUCCAGUUGACGUACCCAUUAAGUGAUGCGGAGCAUAUCUGCGACGCUUGGAAGCGGGUUAUUGAGUGCGAACCUGUCUUCCGCACGCAGAUCUCCCUUGAUAUCGCCUGUGGUGUGCAGAUACAACAUGCUCUUCACCCGCACCACUUGAAGGUAUCCAAGGUUGGCAGUUACAUCUGUCAUCCCGUGGAGGCCACCUUCAGGCGACGCGAAGAUUAUGACGCCGCUCUGACUGAUCCUGCUCUUUUAUCUGUCGGCCUCGGUAUGCGGUUGGACGUCAUGAAAUUAAUGCCUGAUGAUACAGGUGACAAACCCGGGUCGAAAGAUGCUGGUGAAGUCACGAUUAAUUGGACAGCUCACCACGCGCUGCUCGACGGCUAUUCAGUAGGGCUUAUCCUCACAAAGGUGCAGCGAGCAGUGCAAGGGCAGCACCUGUCUAUGAGUCCAUCAUUUAUGGAUGCCUCAGGGGGGUUGUUAGCGAUACAGAGCCAACGGGAUGGCGAAGCAAGGCGAUUCUGGGCCGGUUAUUUAGAAUCAGUGCGGUCGCUCCCAAUUCUGAACGACCAGCGUCGAUCGCAGGAGACCAACAACAUCCCAUACCGCGCCCAGGAAAUACGCUUUUCGUGUGCUGACCGUCUGCCGCAAAUACAGAAACUCGCCGAGGAGUGCAAAGUCACCUUGGCCACCGUCUAUUAUACUGCAUGGGCAAUGGCACUGGCACAAUAUACAGGGCGGCACCUGGUGGUCGUGGGAGCAGUCUUCUCUGGUCGCGAAACCCAGCUGGAGUACAUCAACACGGUCGGGCCGCUGGUGGCUACAUUGCCGCUACUCUGCCAGCUGAGAAGAGAUGCAUCCAUUCCGCAGCAGCUUGAGGCCGUCAUGGAGGGACUGGCGACCAUCAGUGCGUAUGCAUGGUCCUCAUCAGAUCAGAUUGGCUAUAGGUUGGACAACUUGAUGGCAACACAGUACGACUUCCCGCCCAUUGAAUCUGCCCUUGUCCCGAAGGAGGAACGAUUCUUUGAAAACACCACAUUUCCUAUUAGUCUCCUGGCUGAAAAGGAUGCUGGAUUCCGUCUCGUGUAUGACCCAGCCGUCCACAGUGACCAACAUAUGCAAACCCUAUCACAAGCUAUGAAAAGCGCUUUAAACACAUUGCCCGAUGCCACGACGAUCGGCAGCUGGCUGGAUUAUGCAGGUAGCGCUUUUGAGAAUCUCCAUCAUGACUCGACGCUCAAAAUGGAAUGUGGUGCGACCCAGUCUCAUUUCAACCUUGAGACGCAUAUCGCAAAGGCCUUUGAAGUAUCUGCAGAUCGACAUGCUCAUCUUGUCGCACUGGAAGGGCCGGAGUGCACUCUGUCCUAUGCGGAACUAGACCGGCUCUCCAAUGUAGUGUGCAAUCGGCUUCGUCAAGAUGUUCCCAACGCACAGACGGUUGCUAUCCACGCCGAUGGCUCUAUCAACUGGGUCGUUGGAAUCAUGGGCAUCCUCAAAUCAGGAUCGGCUUACUGUCCCCUUGACCCCGCCUACUCGAUGGAUCGACGGCUUGCAGUAUACACACGCAGUGGGGCGGAUGCGCUGUUGAUACCGAAUGCAUGUCCCACCGCUAUGCUGAAGUUGCCGGAUAUCCAUAUUCUGGUUGUAGCAGAUCUUCUGAGCUGCAGCGCGUUCGAUGCGAUAUCGCACCGGCCUCCCCUAUCUGCAAAGGCGAACGAUGAUGCUCUCAUUGUAUUUACUUCUGGUACGACGGGCCGUCCAAAAGGUGUUCCCAUCAGCCAUCGAGGAUUUCUGGCAUUGCAGUCAAACCCCGAGGCCACUAUGUUCAGCUGCCCAGGUCGCCGUAUUGCUCAAUUCAUGUCGCCGGCCUUUGAUUACUGCGCUAAUGAGGUCUUUUCGGCCCUACUUCAUGGGGCAACUCUCGUUCUUCGUGAUCCCAGCGAUCCGUUGGCUCAUCUUGCAAAAGUGGACGUCUCAACUAUAACUCCCUCAGUGCUGAGUGCUUUGGACCCGACUGAAUACCCUAAUCUACGCAUGGUUUAUGCCACAGGAGAGCCUGUCACCCCAGGUUUAUUAGAUAGGUGGGCUGCAAAUCGUGUAUUCUACAAUGCCUAUGGACCUGCCGAGUGUUCUAUCUGCACAUCCUUCACACGGUUAGUUCCCGGCCAGCAAGUGACAAUUGGGAAAGCGGUCCAGACCGCAAGAAUGUAUAUUUUAACUCCAGAGCUGCAUCCUGUGCGUGAUGGCACCACAGGGGAAAUAUUCCUUGCUGGUGAGCAGGUCAUGCGUGGGUACAUUGGGGAUGACCAGCAAACAGCACAUCGUGUAUUGCCUGAUCCCUGGCAUGAUGGCGAGCGAAUGUAUCGCACUGGCGACUACGGAUACUGGACAAAUGACCAGCAAAUCUGCUACGUUGGUCGAUUGGACCGCCAAGUGAAAGUUCGGGGGUUUCGCGUCGAGCUUGCUUCAGUCGAGAUGCGAAUGUAUGAAGAGGAGCCACAACUAAUACAGGCCGCUACAAUGGUCGUUAAUGACAACCUGGUUGCAUUUGUCAUGCCUUCUUCAAUUGAUGUGGCCCACCUGGAACAGAGACUCCGAGAAACCCUCCAGCCAAGCUGGGUACCGCAGAUGAUCACGCCCCUGGAUGAAUUUCCCUGGACGACAAACCGCAAGGUGGACUAUCAGAGGUUGAAGGAAAUCGGCACUCUUGCAGUGACUAAAUUAUCAACCCCCCUCACUAGGCCUUUCUUGGAUCAUAUUGCCGAAGGCAUCACGGGAAUUUGGAAGAUAUUGCUCCCUUUGGUGGACGAUGUAGAACUCGGGCCUGACGAUGACUUCAGGCGCCUCGGCGGUCACUCUAUCCUACAAAUGCUGCUUGCUGCUCGUCUUGCCAGCGUCUAUGGCAUCUCCAUGACGACGCGGGACGUAAUUGAGCAUCCCAAGUUGGGGGAACAGGCACUCCUGGUGAAGUCCCGUCAACGCCAGGCCCCCCUUUCCAAGGAACUGCCCACCCACAAGGCACUUCCUGAUCAUCAUCUGUCUGAGUUGGAACGUCAGACCUGGUUCCAGUAUCUCGUGGCGUCAGAUGUCCGCUCGUUCAACAUUCCUGUCCUACUCCAUUUCGAUGGCAAAUUCGACCGCCAGCUUUUAAUUCAAUCAUUGAAUGCGGUACUAGCAUCACGCAAACUACUCCGCAGUAAUUUUAUUGAAACUUCGGAGGGACCGAUUCGGGUCUUCCGCAACAACCCACCGCGGGUGCAGGAAUGUAAAUUGAUUUAUGUUGCGAGAGAGAUUGCUAGGGGUUUUGACUUGGCUCGUGAUGAGCUUAUUCGCGUUUUUAUGGACCAGCAGAGUCUCCUGCUUGUCACCAGCCAUGCCAUUGCCGAUCUCAACAGCGUACAGAAUCUCUUCCGGGAAACAGCAGAAGUCUACCGAGGUUCCACUGCCCAAGUCGAUCGAUUAAACUAUCUACAAGCAUCUGCCUGGUCUCGCAAGGCAACGCCUGAGGAGCGCCACUUCUGGAUACGAUACCUCGACGGCGCUCCUCAACGACUCCCCAUCAACCGUGACCUCACUCAGACAAGCUUUGAGGGCACGUCUCGUAUCUGUCACUUUGAUGGUACUAUGAUUCACGGGCUCACAUCAUUGACGCGAAAAUACGGCGUGACAAAACACCAGAUUGUAUGCGCGGCGACUGCUCAGAUGCUGCAGUGGCUCUGCGCGACCGAUGACGUGGUUUUAGGUUGUCCGUGGGAAAAUCGAACGUCCGACCUUGAGCGAAGGUCUGUGGGAUUAUUCUUGGAUAGACUACCACUACGCAUCAAAACUCCACCAAAUGCAAAUUGUGUGGACAUCCUAGAAUCAAUGCGCGAAGCGAGUCAAAAAGCAGUGGCAUAUGCAAUCCCCUUCGAACAAAUUCUCGACAUCCUUCACCUGCCUCGCACCAUCCGGCAGCAUCCAAUUUUUGAAGUUAUGGUUACAUUCCAUUUGAAGGGAGCCAUGGAGGACUGUCUCGAUGUCGACGGGCUGGUUGUGCAGCGUGAGAUGUGUUAUGCCCCAGGAUCCAAGUUUUUGCUCAUGUUCGAAUGGACGGAGCUGGAGGCGGAUCACUGGGUUUUGCGCACUGAAUAUGACCAUCACCAGAUUGCGCCUGCCACCAUCAACCUCAUCGACCAGGCCUUACGAUGUGUCUUGGAAGGAUUCUCGUUAGAACUCUCGCGUUCAGCCAUCGAAAAACGCCUGGCACAUACUUUCCCAGAGACGAAAGAAGAUAGUAACAGUGAGGGCGAGGGGGACGAUGAUACAAAUGCCCUUUGUGACCGACUUGUGGGUAUCCUUCGCCGGGAGAUGGCGGCCUGUCUAGGGAUUGAUCUUGCUGAUUUUCCCUGCUCGGUGUCCUUCUUUGAGGCCGGGGGUAACUCUAUCGAUGUAUGGCGAUUGCAGCGUCAGCUGAAGCGGGUUGGCGUGGAUAUGCCAAUUUCGACAGUUUUUGAGCUACCCGCUGCCCAGGCCUUAGCUUGGCACCUUUGUAAACGGGUGGGUUGGCUUGGAUAA